AUGGCUGCCACCAUCGCCACCUUCCUCCUCCUCUUCCUCUUCUUGUCUACCUCCUACUCCGCAACUACUUACACCGGCUCCAUAUCUUCUUCUUCAAAUUUCACAGCUUCCAACUUCCACUAUGUUGACCAAAACGGCGAUUUCCUCCGCUCCGUUAACCGCACUUACACCGCCGCCAUGUUCAAUUCACAGCCUAAAUCGCCGUCGUUCUACCUCCUGAUCUACCACUCUGACUCCCGCAACGUCGUCUGGGUCGCCAACCGCAAUAAACCCAUCUCAAAUUCUGGUCAACUCCUUCUCUCCUUCACGGGUAUUACAAUCUAUGAUGAUUCCGGCAUACCCGUUUGGUCAACACCCACGUUCAAUUCCACGGUGGCUUCUUUGCAGCUACUGGAUUCCGGGAACUUACUUCUCAUUGAUCGUUUUAACAAAACUUUAUGGCAAUCUUUUGAUUACCCGACGGAUACCAUCGUUUCUGGGCAGAGAUUUCCGGUUGGAGGAUCGUUAAUCGCUUCCAACGAUGAUGCUGACUUCUCCGAGGGAGGUUAUACGUUUACAGUGACCACCAGUGACGGGUUAUUACGGUGGCAAAAUUUGACGUAUUACAGACUGAUGAUGGAUUCAAAAUCUGUAAUAAAUUCAAACCAACCGAUUUCGUAUCUCAUGGUAAACGGGUCUGGUUUUUAUCUGUUCGGAGGCCAGGGAUCGGAGGUGGUGGUACAAGUUCUAAUUACGACGGCGGCUGUGAAUUCCGACGACCGAAUACUAAAGUUGACAAACGCUGGUUAUCUCAACGUCAUGAGAUACACAAACCGUAAAUGGGUGACAGAUUUCACGACGCCGGAGGAAAGUUGCCGUGCUCCGUUCAGCUGCGGCAAACUUGGGCUCUGUUCCCCCAGUGGAUGUUCUUGUCCGCCGGGAUUUAGAGGUGAUCGGAACGCAAACCCCGGCUGCUCACCCUCGGAUAAUUCAAUAUUGUUGCCGGAAUCUUGCGGUGGUAACGGGACCAGAUUGCGAUCCAAUUCGUCGGAGAAGUAUGUAUACAUUCCGCUCGGAGAUGGGAUGAAGUACUAUCCAAUUGAUUUCACAAAUCCAACAAGAAAGGGUGUGAAUUUAUCAACAUGUGAAAAUCUGUGCUCUUCGAACUGCUCUUGUUUGGCUAUCUUCCAUGGAAAUCCAUCUGGAUCAUGUUAUUUGCUUCAAAACCAUUUGGGUUCCUUCAUUUCAAGCUCCACAAACGGAAACGACGAUACAUUAGGGUUCAUCAAAGCAAUAUCUUUAUCUCAAAAUCAUACCAGUAAUUCCAGUUCCGAUUUCCCCGUAGUUGCUUUGAUUUUACUUCCCGGCUCCGGCGUUCUGCUAAUCUCCAUUUUCGCCAUCUGGAUGCGUAUAAGAUCAAGAAACAACGCCAAGAACUCUCAUUCAAAGAAAUUGAAUGAUAAUCUAGGUUCAGAAGAUCUUGAGCUGUUUUCAAUUGCGGGUUUACCUAUAAGGUUCGAUCAUGAAGAUCUUGUCGAGGCCACAAAAGAUUUCAGUACCCAGAUCGGCUCCGGCGGAUUUGGUACGGUUUACAAAGGCGUCCUCCGUGACAAAACGGUGGUGGCAGUGAAGAAGAUCACCUCCCUAGGAGCUCAGGGAAAGAAAGAAUUUGGUACAGAGAUUGCAAUCAUCGGAAACAUUCAUCAUGGUCGAAAGAACUGUGUGCAGGCCCCAAGUCAUAGCUCGGGAAACCCGACUAGUAGCACUGAUGGUCAGUCAUCGGGAUCAACAGGAUCCCGAAACCAUUCUCAGGCCCGAGGUAGAGCACGCGCCCGGGCGUUCUAUUUCCCUUUACAUGCACUGGAGAUGCAUGAAGAGGGAAGAUACCUGGACCUAGUGGAUCCACGGUUAGCCGGUCGGGUGACUAGAGAUGAAGCUGAGAAGCUUGUGAAGGUGGCUUUGUGUUGCUUACAUGAAGACCCAUUGGUUCGACUCACGAUGGCUAAUGUGGUUGGGAUGCUCGAAGGGGUGUUGCCUGUGGCUGAACCACGGUUGGAUUCUUUGAACUUUUUGAGGUUUUAUGGACAACGGUUCACCGAGCCAUCAAUGGUUGGAACCGGGGAGGAGGUUGAAGUGGGGGGUGGGUUUAUGGUGACCACAAAUUAUAGUAGUAGUCCGAGUAUGUCAUUAAACUCGUUUUCAUAUAUGUCUUCACAACAAGUCUCGGGUCCUAGAUAA